AUGCGGAAGAGCAUGCGAAAGGACGGAUAUGCUAAGAAGAAUGACUAUCCAAUUUGCAGGACAGGGAAGCCGUCGAAGCAAAUGAAAGUCCGGUUCACAGACGAAGAGCAGCAGAUCGUGGAUCCACAGAUUGCCUGCGACUUUCUCGUCGACGCAAUUGGCCCUGAGGCCAAGACGAGCCCAUCGGAUGGAGAUAGCCCAGAGGCUGCACGAUUUCGCCGUCACAGUCACUUGGCAAGCCCUGUCGCUGUGCAAGAUGAUCCGAAACCCUGGGAGACGGUGACCAUUGCUGGGUGCGCAUAUGCUGUUCUGCAGCUCGCCUACCUUGGCAGUUUGAGAGAGAUGCCCAUCUUGCAAGGCUUAGACUUCUUGAAAGAGGACCCUCAGCUGUUUGACACUUUCCGGACGGCCCUCUCAACCAGCAGUCGAGCCGGAUCUAGGUAUCGUGCGGACUCGCGCCAUGCAUCGGUGGUGCCAGCCAUACGCCGAGGUUCCACGCAGACAGACCAGGACCGGACGCACCUGCGCUUGAAUCAUGAAUUUGGUUUGAUUGCCCUGGUGUUUGCUUCUUUUGUCAGCUGUCUUGGCACUGCAGCUCCCGUCAGCUACUCUCCUUCGGUUGCUGAUCAGUCCACCUCUGACAACAGACAGCCUUUGGAUGGCGCUGAUAGCAGCUCCGCCUUCAUCAAAAGUGAGUACGCAUUGCGCCUUGGUUUGCAAAAACUUGCUGCAAUGCAGGUGUGCCUUCAGGGCCCCCUGGCCGUGCGCGAGGCGGCCCUGAAGCGGCGCUUGGUGCUCUUUGCAGAAGCACAAGGCCGCCGCCGUGCUGCGAACCUGGCCUCAGCAGCUCUGCAACUUUGGGGGCAAAACGUUGCCAGCAGGCGUCUUCUGGCGGCGCAACGAGAUGCAGCAUUCUACAGAGAGCGUCUGCGGGAACAGCAUGCCUGCGCGAGACGGAAGGUGCCAGUUGCUGAGGGUGACCAUGAGGGAGCUACCCGGCGCUGGGCCUUCGAGGCCAGCAGUUACGGCUGGUGCAUUGGCUGCUGCCUCGCGCACCGCCCUCCAGAGCCGAUGCUUGCAGCAGCCCUGGGAUCUGGGGCCUGGGCCAUCGGGCUGGAGGCAUCUCUAGUUCGAGUAUGCUUCCAUGCUUGGCACAACUUGAAGCCACUGUUAGCUGCGAGGGAAAGGGCAGCUGCCGCGCUCGGGCGGCAACGUGUCCGGUCAUGUCUCAUUCACGCACUGCGCAGCUGGGCGCAGCUGCCGCGGAAACGCCGUGAGAGCACGCUGCAGGAAGCCAGCGCCAAAGCCCGACGCCAGGCCGUCAACAUUCUACGGCUCUGGAAGUUGGAGGUUGAGAUUGCCAGUCGCAGCCGUGAACUACGCUUCGCAGAGCGGCGCGCCAUGGCGCGGUGGGGCCGUGCCUUGGCUGCAAUCCUCUCAAGUCGAGGCCGGAUGCUAGCUCAGCUCUGCAUGAUGGGCUGGCGACUGUUCCAUCGUGCCUCGCAUCUUCGCCGGGAACCAGCUCCACCUGUGAAGGUGGGCCUGGCGGUGCGCUUAGAUGUGACAGCUGAAACUCCGAAGCGCCAGGGCAUGAGCAAAGCAGGCCGGUAG